AAGAGGGGAGUGAGCAGAUCGCUUUCUUUCUUUCUAUUUCAUCUUGUUGGUAUAUUUCUCUUUUCGAUCUCUAGCUUCUGCUGUAUUGAAAUGGCAUCUCCAGAUGCUGAGAAUGGGUGCUGGAAUAAGUUUAGGGCAUUGCCCCAUAACAUAUGGAACAAGGUGGUUGAGAAAGCAAACAAAGCAAAGAAAAUGGGAAAAGAUGAUCCUAAAAAGAUUAUUCAUUCCCUUAAAGUAGGACUUGCAAUUACUUUGGUUUCAUUGUUCUUCUACUUCAAACCCACUUAUGAUGGUUUCGGCGUCUCUGCUAUGUGGGCUGUUUUAACUGUUAUUGUGGUUUUCGAGUACUCUGUAGGAGCAACACUCGGAAGAGGGUUGAAUAGGAUGUUGGCUACAUUGGUAGGAAGUGCUCUAGGUUUUGGAGCUCACUGGCUAGCAACUCAUUCUGGAAAGACUGGAGAGCCCAUUCUGAUUGCUAUUUUUGUGUUUAUAUUUGCUGGAAUAGUUACAUUUAUAAGAUUUUUGCCAGAGAUGAAGGCAAGAUACGAUUACGGACUGCUGAUACUAAUGUUGACAUUCUGCUUGAUAUCUGUGUCUGGCUAUAGAGAUGAUGAGGUGAUACACAUGGCUCACAAGAGAGUCACAACUAUUAUUAUUGGAAGCAUUACUUCUGUGGUUAUUUGCAUUUUAAUAUGCCCUGUUUGGAUCGGAGAAGAUCUUCAUAAGUUGGUUGCUGGAAACUUGGAGAAGCUUGGAAACUUCUUAGAAGGAUUUGGAAGUGAAUGCUUUAGAACAUCUGAAGGUGGACAAGCUAAUAAUGCCAACAAGUCAUUUCUUCAAGGAUAUAAAAGUAUUCUCUCUUCAAAAAGCAGUGAAGAAACCAUGGCUAAUUUAGCAAGGUGGGAACCAUGUCAUGGUCGAUUCAGGUUCCGUCAUCCUUGGAAACAGUACCUGAAAAUUGGAACCCUAGCUCGUAUAUGCGCCUACAAAGUUGAAGCUCUUAACUGCCACCUUCACUCCGAGACCCAACAGACACCAAUGGAAAUGCGAAUCAAAAUCCAAGACAUGUGCACAAAGAUCAGCUCAGAAUCUGGCAAGGCAUUGAAGGAAUUAGCAACAACAGUUAAAACAAUGACAAAAUCUUCACUGGUGGAAACCCACAUUGCCAACUCAAAACAAGCUGCAGAAGCCCUCAAGUCUUUGCUAAAAACUGGCUUGUGGGAGGAUGCAUUGAUUCUAGAGAUUAUUCCAGCUGCUACUGUAGCAUCUCUGUUGAUAGAUAUUAUCACAUGCACAGAAAAGAUCGCUGAGUCUGUUCAGGAACUGGCCUUGCUUGCUCAUUUCAAGAGCCCGAACACACAUCAACCUCAACAUUUACUUCACCGAGGAACAAUACAGCCAGUUUCUGAUGGAUCGAAUCACGUUGUUGUGAUUGAUAUGCAAGGUUCAGAGUAAUCAGAUGAUGAAAAUUUGAUCGAACGGUUGCAGAUGGACAAAUUGUUCUGGUAACUUUGUGCUAGAUGAUUCUUCUUGUUGUUCUAGUUUGAGAUAGGUAAUGAAUGUAUUACCAAGGGGAAGACAACUUAUGCAUGCUACUCAAAUUUGUUUUGUUAAGUUUUUAACAAAUUGAGUAUUUCCUUCUUAACGAUGCCGUAUUAAUUAGGUAGGAAACUAAUUGAGGAAAAACACUCUUACCUCUUUUUGGGAUUAUUUCUGGCUAUUUUCUCUUGUAAUAAUCCUUUUCUCAAUCUUUCUUUUUAAAUAAGUGAAG